GACUCGCUUUGUUUACGAACGAAAGAAGAAUCCGAGAACGAGAGAAAGGAUAUGUCCGACCCGACACAAGCCGCUCGAUAGACGCGAUCCAAUUGUUAUUGCAAACUCUUUUCCUGUUCUGUGCCAACGUCUCGACAGUUUUUGGAAAUUUCGACCACACGUGCCAAAAGGCGAUCGAACGCAAUUUCGCUCAAGCGCACGACGAUGUGGUUAGAAUUGGUUAGAAUGCGGCACUUGCGGUAGCAGCAGGUGGCUGGGUGGCUCAACGCCAUGCAACAUCGCGGCUUAACGUUCAUUGUCGCGCGGCCAAAAAGCAUUUCUUAAUGCGAUCAUAACAAUUAUUUCGGGAUCAUAAUACAAAGACGUAUUCCCGUUGUUUAUUCAGUUCAGCCGCAUUCUUUUACAAGAGUGCUCGCAGCAGUUUUGUCUCUCGAUAAUUUGCCCGGCUCUUCGUGUAAUCGACCUACAUAUUCAUCAAAAGUGAGUUUAAUUAAGUACAUGAUUCCAAAAAAUCCAAAACGAGGAAAAACAGGGAAAAGAAAAGAAAAAGAAAAAGAUGAGCAUUUCAGAAAGAAUAGAAAGGAAGUAAAUAUAUUGCUUCUGAUAUACAGUAGUUCAUACACCUAGUCAAUUGAUAAAUGAAUUACCAAAUCAACCAAAUUAAAUUUAUUUAGCAAACUAUAACGCUGUCGUUUAAGACUAGAAAGAAAGAUGAGAGAAGCAAAUGUCAAAAAACCAGGUACAAUAAUAUCAAUUGGGCAAUUUAUCUACAAAUAACAGUUAUCUACUAUGUUAACAUAAUAGUAAUAGUGUGAUGUACAUAAUGUUGUAUAUAUAUAUUUUUUUUCAACGAUAUAUAGUAAGACAAUUAUCUGCAGAUGCUUAUGAUUGACAGGUGUUUUGUUUUCUUGUAAGUCUGCCAAAAGUUGAUAUAACAUACGUACAAGUAUAUGAAAUUUUAGCAACUCUGAUGUAUCUCUCGACAAUGUUACAAUUAUGCUUGAAUCGACGCAGGGAUGAGUCGCAACGUGCUCGUGGCAUUCGAUUUCGAUCACACCAUCUGCGACGACAACACCGACCUGGUAGUGCAAAAAUUGCUAAAGGAAGAGAGGAUAACCAAGGAUGUGCAGAAUCUGCGCAAGUCUAACGGCUGGAUCGUCUAUAUGGACAGGAUCUUCGAGCUCCUGCACGAGAGUUCCGUGAACGCAGGCCAGAUCGAGGACGCUAUCUUCGGUAUUCCCGCGGUCGCGGGAAUGGAGAAGCUCCUCGCUUCCCUGCACGCCAACGGCCACGAGGUGAUCGUUAUCAGCGACUCCAACAGCGUGUUUAUAAACCACUGGCUCAGAAGCAGGCGACUCGAGCACGUCGUGUCGCGCGUCUUCACGAAUCCAGCUCGAUACGACGACGACGGCAGGUUGAGAGUAGACGCGUAUCACACGCAGCACACGUGUCAGAUUAGCUCCAUCAAUCUCUGCAAGGGACAGAUCCUGAUGGACUACGUUCAGGAGAAACGCGCGCAAGGCAGAAGCUACGAGAGAAUCGUUUAUGUCGGUGACGGGGGAAACGAUCUGUGCCCGAUUUUGCGCCUCUCCGAAGCUGAUCUGGCGUGUCCGCGCAAAGACUAUUCGCUCAUCGAGCGAUUGAACAAGUUGCCUAUCUCCGUGUCGACCAAGGCGAAAAUUGUGCCGUGGCAAGACGGUACGGAUCUACAGCGCAGCUUGGAACAGAUCAUAGAGCUGAAGCUAACGAAUUAAGCUUCAUCUUUGAUCAAGAGAUAGUCGCAACCGUUUGCUCUUUUCAUUUCGUAUUUCUAUCUACAAUUCCUACAAUUUCUACAAUUUCUAUUUCCUUCUUCACACUUUAAUCAAUUUUUUUCUACAUCAUUUAUUUUGUGAUACAUUAUGAGAAUGUUCGUGUAACUAGCGCAUAUACGUAUUAUCGCUCGUUUGCUACAACAUAAUUAAAAAAUCAGCUGUUUGCAAAAAAAAAGAAUUUUGAUGAGGAUUAAAUACAUUGAGGUAGCGAUGCUCUUAUUCCUCUACUAUAUGUAAUCGCUGUACUCAAUCGUUAUACUAAAAUAGCAUUUAAAAAUCAUUAGAAAAUUUUUAAGCGGUGUAAAAGUUAUUAGAAAAUUUUCAAAGCAUUCAAACAGGAAAAUUUUCAUUUUUGAGUUGUCAUUGUAGCAAACGUUAUAUCAAAUUACAAUUCAGAGAUAAUAUUUUGCUAUAGUAACUGAUAACGAUAAGGAUAUGAUGAUAACGAUAAUUUGUUUCUUUCAUUGAAAAGUGCAAUAUUGCUAAUUACACACACACACACACACACACAAAUAAGUGUAACAAUACUUAUAAAAUAAAAUUUGUUUCGAUCAA